UCAAUUUGAUUGAUUGAUACACUCAAGGGUUUCUCUUGGAUUGGAGCUUUCAGGCAUAUAGAAUCGUCGAUUGCCUUGCACAUCAGAGGCAAUUCAAGAUGAGGGGGGCGGUGCUUGUGGCCAUCGCGGCGGCGAUCGGCAACAUGUUGCAGGGAUGGGACAAUGCCACCAUUGCAGGCGCCGUAUUGUACAUCAAGCGGGAGUUCCAUCUGGAAAGCCAGCCCGCCAUCGAGGGCCUCGUCAUCGCCACCUCCCUCAUCGGCGCCACCGUCAUCACCACCUUCUCCGGCCCCGUCUCCGACUCCGUGGGCCGCCGCCCCAUGCUCAUCGCUUCGUCGCUGCUCUACUUUUUCAGUGGCCUCAUGAUGCUCUGGUCCCCCAACGUGUACGUGCUCCUGCUCUCCCGCCUCGUCGACGGCUUCGGUGUCGGCCUCGCCGUCACGCUCGUCCCUGUCUACAUCUCCGAGACGGCGCCGCCCGAGAUCCGCGGCCUCCUCAACACGCUCCCGCAGUUCACCGGCUCCGGUGGCAUGUUCCUCUCCUACUGCAUGAUAUUCGCCAUGACGCUGGCGCCGCAACCCAACUGGCGCCUCAUGCUCGGCGUCCUCUUCCUGCCCUCCCUGCUCUACCUGCUCGUCACCGUCUGCUACCUGCCGGAGUCGCCGCGCUGGCUCGUCAGCAAGGGCAGGAUGAAGGAGGCCAGGGCCGUGCUCCAGAUGCUCAGGGGCCGCGAGGACGUUGAGGGGGAGAUGGCGCUCCUCGUCGAGGGCCUCGGCACCGGCGGUGACACGGCCAUCGAGGAGUACAUCGUCGGCCCUCCUCCAGAUGCUCAGGGGCUGGAGUACAACGAGGCCAAUGUGACGCUGUACGGGCCGGAGCGCGGCAUGUCGUGGGUGGCGCAGCCGGUGCCGCUGGGCUCGCAGGGCAGCAUGCUGGGCAGCGCCAUCGGGCUGGCGUCGCGUCAGGGCAGCAUGCUCGACCACCUCAAAGACCCGGUCGUCGCGCUCCUCGACAGCGUCCACGACCUGAAGCCCCCCGGUGCUGACGCCAUGAGCAUGCGCGGCGGCGGCAGCAUGCUCUUCUCCAACCUCGGCAGCAUGCUCAGCUUCCACGACAAAGCGCCCGUCGACUGGGACGAGGAGAACGUCCGGUCGGACGAUGACAAGGACGGGUGGCGCUCGGACGACGACAGCAACCUCCGCACGCCGCUGCUGGACGCCCGAGGCCACAGCAGCCUGCUAGGCGAGGCCGCGGCGACCACGAUGGGCAUCGGCGGCGGGUGGCAGCUGGCGUGGAAGUACACGGACGGGCCGGAGAGCGGCGUAAAGAGGAUGUACCUGCACGAGGAGGGCAGUGGCGAGCCGGGGGCGGGCGGCGUGCACGCGGCGGCGCUGGUGAGCCAGUCGGCGCUCUAUAGCAAGACCAAGCAGGGGGGCAUGGAGAUGGAGGGGCCGGCGUUCGUGCACCCUGCGGUGGUGUCGGAGGAGGAUAAGAAGGUCGGCGGGGCGAGGUGGCGCGAGCUCCUGGAGCCUGGCGUGCGACACGCGCUGGUGUGCGGCGUGACGAUGCAAAUCCUGCAGCAGUUCUCGGGCAUCAACGGCGUGCUGUACUACACGCCGCAGAUCCUGAACCAGGCCGGGGUGAGCGUGCUGCUGUCGAGCUUGGGGCUGAGCGCCGAGUCGACGUCCAUCCUCAUCAGCGGGCUGACCACGCUGCUGAUGCUGCCGACCAUUGGCGUGGCGAUGCGGCUGAUGGACGUGUCCGGGCGGCGGAGCCUGCUGCUGUGGACGAUCCCGGUGCUGAUCGCGUCGCUGGCGGUGCUGGUGGCGGCGAGCGUGGUGCCGAUGGCGGCGACGGCGCACGCGGCGUUGGCGACGGGGAGCGUGAUCGUGUACCUGUGCUGCUUCGUGAUGGGGUUCGGGCCGAUCCCCAACAUCCUGUGCGCGGAGAUCUUCCCGACGCGGGUGCGCGGGAUGUGCAUCGCCAUAUGCUCGCUGGCGUUCUGGCUCGGGGACAUCGCCGUCGCGUACAGCCUGCCGGUGAUGCUCAACGCCGUGGGGCUGGCGGGGGUGUUCGGCAUCUACGCGGUGGUGUGCUGCGUGGCGCUAGGCUUCGUGGCGCUGCGGGUGCCGGAGACCAAGGGGCUGCCACUGGAGGUCAUCAUCGAGUUCUUCAACGUGGGGGCGAAGGGGCUGCCCAACAACAGCCCAGCUGCAGACGAGCAGUGCCACUGAGAGUGAUCCAUCCACCUAUCCAUCUGCAACUUCCUCCUACCAGUAUUUCUUUAUUUCUUUGGUACAGUAUGUAUGUUUUGUUGGGAAAGCCAUAUAUACUACUAUUUAUUUAUUAUUACUCGAUGUAAGAGAGAGAAAGAGAAAUAAGCAGAGCUGAGGUGACAUGCAUACAGUACCCAACACACAUGAUUCUCAGAGAUU